CCGCGGCUGUGGAGAGACUCACCGCGCGGCCAAGCGGUGGUAAGUGCUCGGCGGCCGAACGGGCUGGACGGGCGGGACUGACGGGAGGGGAGGACGCAGAGGACCCGCGCGAGCGCUGGCUGGGCGCUGCCCACGUCCGCCUCCGCCACAGGCUGCGCUCCAAAGGCAGUGCCCCAACCCGGAGCCGGCCCCGCCCGGGGGACACCGCCCGGUGGCCGACGAGGUCGUCAGUUCUGCCCUGUCUUCCAGACCCGGAGGACCUAGGCUCCCGGACGGCAAGGAACCGCCCAACAUGGCAUCGGAGAGCGGAAAGCUGUGGGGUGGCCGGUUUGUGGGCGCAGUGGACCCCAUCAUGGAGAAGUUCAACUCGUCCAUCACCUAUGACCAGCACCUCUGGGAGGUGGACGUGCAGGGCAGCAAGGCCUACAGCCGGGGCCUGCAGAAGGCGGGGAUCCUCACCAAGACCGAGAUGGACCAGAUACUCCAGGGCCUGGACAAGGUAGCUGAGGAGUGGGCCCAGGGCACCUUCAAACUAAACCCCAAUGAUGAGGACAUCCACACGGCCAAUGAGCGGCGUCUGAAGGAGCUCAUCGGUGAAACCGCAGGGAAGCUGCACACAGGACGAAGUCGGAACGACCAGGUGGUCACAGACCUCAGGCUGUGGAUGCGGCAGAACUGCUCCACGCUCUCUGCCCUCCUCCGGGAGCUCAUCAGAACCAUGGUGGAUCGGGCAGAGGCGGAACGUGACAUCCUCUUCCCAGGGUACACACACCUGCAGAGGGCUCAGCCCAUCCGCUGGAGCCACUGGAUCCUGAGCCAUGCUGUGGCACUGACCAGAGACUCUGAGAGGCUGCUGGAGGUGCAGAAGCGGAUCAACGUCCUGCCCCUGGGGAGCGGGGCCAUCGCAGGCAACCCUCUGGGUGUGGACCGGGAGCUGCUCCGAGCAGAACUGAAAUUUGGGGCCAUCACUCUCAACAGCAUGGAUGCCACCAGUGAGCGAGACUUUGUGGCUGAGUUCCUGUUCUGGGCUUCGCUGUGUAUGACCCACCUCAGCAGGAUGGCCGAGGAUCUCAUCCUCUAUGGCACCAAAGAAUUCAACUUGGUGCAGCUCUCAGACGCCUACAGCACUGGAAGCAGCCUGAUGCCCCAGAAGAAAAACCCAGACAGCCUGGAGCUGAUCCGGAGCAAGGCGGGGCGAGUGUUUGGGCGGUGUGCUGGGCUCCUGAUGACCCUCAAGGGACUUCCGAGCACCUACAACAAGGACUUACAGGAGGACAAGGAAGCCGUGUUUGAAGUGUCCAACACCAUGAGCGCCGUCAUCCAGGUGGCCACUGGCGUCAUCUCUACACUGCAGAUUCACCGUGAGAAUAUGGCACGGGCUCUUAGUCCUGACAUGCUGGCAACUGACCUCGCCUACUACCUGGUCCGCAAAGGGAUGCCAUUCCGCCAGGCCCACGAGGCCUCCGGGAAAGCCGUGUUCAUGGCCGAGACCAAAGGGGUCGCCCUCAACCAGCUGUCGCUGCAGGAGCUACAGACCAUCAGGUGUGCUCCCCUCCCCUCCCUCUGCUGCCUUCCUCGAGGCCAGCCCAGGCCCACCUCCUCCUUUCCCCCCAGCCCCCUGUUCUCGGGAGACGUGAGCCACGUGUGGGACUACGGACACAGCGUGGAGCAGUACGCAGCCCUGGGGGGCACCGCGCGCUCCAGUGUCGACUGGCAGAUUGGGCAGGUGCGAGCUCUCCUAGGGGCACAGCAGGCCUAGAGCCCUCCCCAUGCCUCUCCCAAAUAAAGUGGGCCCAAGAGGAGGCUGUGUGUGUUUCCUGCCCAACCUGUCUGCCUCGGUCGGUGGGGAUGCAGUUAGGGGCCAUAGAGGAAGUGGAGGAACUGGACAAGCAUGGCUAGAGUCAGGGAUGGGGAAGGGUGGAGGGGAUGCGCAUCAGAGCCUCCACCCUGCGCAGGCCCCACCCCCUUCACCGUGGGCCUCACAGUGACUUCCUGCCUUGGGUGUCUUGGCGGGACUGGCUUCCUUGGAGCCCUGGUGGGAGCUGACGGGCUGGGUUAACCCAGACAGCCCCGUCCGUCCCCCUUCCUUCCAGUGUCCUUCCUAGGCUGCCCUGCUCACGUUGUCCCCUUGCUUAACCCACCCUUCCCUAGACCAUCAGGGUCCUGUACCCUCUGAGGGGAAUGGUGUAUCUGGUGGUAAAGUCGGUCAUCCGGCUAGCAUGUGAUGCCAGGCACUAGGUGAGCUGCAUACACAGGUAAAGAAGACGCUUCCUCCACCCUGAAGAGUAACGUACAAAUUCCCAGACACUAACCGUGAGGUGAGGGCCACGGACAGGUGGUGCCAGAGGGGCCUGCCCGUGCUGCGGUCAAGGGAGGGAUGGUCUCACUGAGUCUGCAAAGAGCCCGAGGCCAGGCCUAGGACAUGGUAAGGAUUCCAUAACGGUGGUCCCCAGAGCCAGCAGAGAUGCAGAGGCCUCGUCUAUACAAAUCUCACCAAAAUCCUGCUAAUAAAACACAAAUUUCAGACGUUUCUUAACAACGGAGGUAAGCAAGCUAAACACAAAGAAGAAUGAGUAACUCCUCCUGAGCGACUCUGGGAGCAAUGAGAAGACUUUGUAAGCUAAAGAACCAGAACUCCAGCAGUGGGGACACUACACCAAGUUCCCAAAAGGGUGAAAGCUGUGGGUCACACAUAGAAUCUUCUAGAGUGGUGGUUCUCAAAGUGUGGUUCCUGAUUAUUAUCGUCAUCUUCUUCAAACUUGUUAAAAGGAAAAUGUUCAGUCCCCACCGAGACCUACUGAACCACAUUCUGGGUGGGCCCAGCAGCCUGUGUUAACAAGUCCUUCAGGUGAUGCUGACGUGUGCUCAGGUUUGAGAGUCACUGAUCUUUAGAACCUUGUUACACAAAGUUGCUGCAGACGAGCAGCAUCAGCCUCCCUGGCCCCCACCCUAACCUACGGAUUCAGAAUCUGCAGCUUAACAAACUCGCCAGGUUAUUCGUGUGCACAUUUACAGUCAGAAGUGCUGAUCUGUAGAUAUGCAACAAGGACUUAUUGUAUAGCACAGGGAACUAUAUGCAGUAACUUGUAAUAUCCUAUAAUGGAAAAGACUGGGAAAAAAAAUAUAUAUAUAUAUAUACAUAUAUAUAUAACUGAAUCACUUUGCUGUACACCUGAAACUAACACAAUAUUGUAGAUCAACUAUACUUCAAUUUUUAAAAAUAAAAAAUUAAAGAAACCCAAAGGGGUCAAACAGAAACAAAAUUGUAGGAGUAAAAAAAAAAAAAAGUGCUAAUCCAGAGAAUG